AGAUGAAAAGCAGCACCAAAGACAUAAAGAAAGAAAAUGCCCAUUGACCCCAAAAAAUUGCUGGGAUGGAUUUUUUAUAUUUUUGAGGCACCGUGUCACGCAGACUUGACCUCAAGCAGGCUGGUGUGCCUUGAUCUUUUCCCUUUGGCUCUCCCUCUUUUUACCCCCAGCCUACCUUUACUCGUAGAUGAAAGACCUCAUCGCGGUGGACCUUAUCAUUCCACCAUCGGUGCAGUUUUUUGGUCCAAAACCCAACUCUUCUCAUUCCACUCAUCCGCGACGACAAAAGAUAAGAGGCAAACUGAGACUUGUAUGUAGUAAACCCAUUCGACUACGACAAAUCGAAAUCAAAUUCAAAGGAGAGGCCAGACUCAAUUGGCGUGACCCCCAAAAAGGUCCACAUUCCCUCACAGCUGAAAAAUUGGAUGCUGUAAAGCUACUUCGGAAGACGCGACAGUCGUUAUUGGAAGAUGCCACAUUACCAGCUGGAGUGACAGAACUUGGCUUUGAAAUACCCAUAUCUGGAUGGUUAUGCCAGACGUUUAAAUCCAAUUUCUUGACCAUUUCUUUUCUAGUCAUGGCCAAACUGACGCCCACUGGAAAACUAGCCUCCCCCAUUCGAAGCGAAAAAGAAUUGGUCAUCAAUAAGACAUUGAUCCCGAAAGACGUUGCCUGUGGUCAUGUACCUGGAUUUAUUGUUCCAAGGACUCAAAUGAAAGGCGAACGUCCAGAUGUUCUCAAAUGGAAGUUUCAAGUUCCCAAAUGGGCUUAUCUAGAUAACGAGAUCCAGUUUGAAGGUACCUUUUCACAAGGUCUAGGAGGCCAAUGCACCAUUAACAAGGUCGAGGUUGAUGUUGUACAAGAAGAGGUCUACCGAAGUGACACAAAAUGUUGUCCAGAACAAUGGCAAAUUGACAACAGCGACUUUUGGGUCAACGAUGUCACCUCUUGGUUCUUUCCAAAUCAUGCCUUACCGAAACGCCAUUUAGUUUCCUCUUAUACCAGCCCUUCUGUAUAUCUUCAUCCUCCUAUGGAAACCUCUAUACCAUUUACAUUUCCGCUAACAUCACCAGCCCCAGGCAAUGCAUUCUCAUCAUCAUCCCUCUUACCGACCUCCUCCAUGCCUAGACUUCGCCGUGUUCAAUCUGCUCCCAUGAAGACUUUGGCUUCAUCAUCACAUCCACCCCUCAAUCAUGUCAACGAUGCCAUUUCUCAGAUCGGCUUUUCACGGAUUCAAACACUUUGCAGUAAAGGUGUGUUUCACGAAACAAUGGACUCCCCUUUUCUACGUGUACGACAAUACAUUCGCGUGGUUGUGCAUGUUACCUACCUAGGCAAGUCAUACCCUAUUUGCAUUGGUUUACCUUUUGCUAUCACACGAGCCAUCAAAGCACAACCUGAUGAAACGGCCGAAGGAUUACCAACUUACCAAAGCUUGGCCAGAGACGCUGAGCGCCUACCUGAUUAUACCACCAAUACCGCUGUGCCUGACUAUGAGGAAGAUCCGAGUGAUGGGGAACAGCAGCAACGAGAGCGAUCGUCACGUCGCCGCCGACGUCGACAUGGUCCGGACAUUGACGAAUUAGCAUGCGAAAUUGGAGACUUAUCUGUUGGCCGAGCACGAGCGCGGACCAAGUCAAAGUCCAGUCAGGCGAUGGCCGUUGAACGACGCAUGGAUGAUUUCCUUGUGAUGACAUGAUUGGCAGCCAGCCAUGCUUAAUUAUAAUUUUUUUUUCUUUUAAUUCCCUUCAACUGUUACCUUUUUGUCACCUUGCCAUCCUUCCCCUUGCCUCCAUCUCCUUUUUUAUUUGAGUGUUCCUGUCAUCUCAUAA